CCCUCCCCUCCCCGCCCGUCGACCGGCGGAGGGUCCUUCCCCGGGGAAAGUUGCUCGGCUUGCGUCGGGCGAGGCGUGGGGAUGUGUGCGGUAUGCCCACCACCUCUCGUCCGUUUCGCCGAACUGUUUAUUUAAAUCGCAGAUAGAGCGCCUCGCCGUCCGCCGUGCCGGGGACACACAGUCUAGGCGCCCCGCGGGGUCGGCAGGAAGGAGCGCAUGGCCAGGGGGGCAGCCCCGGCCCCCGGGGCGCUGCUCUGCGCCCUACUCUGGGCGGCAGCGGCGGGCGACCCCGGGGACAACCCCGCUCCCGGCGCCUUCGGCCACAUCUACCGGGGCGCCGUGAACAUCAGCGCGGAGCGGGUCUACGCCUUCGCCUACCGCAGCGAACCCGGGCAGGUAGAUGCAGUGCGGGUAUAUGUGAACAGCAGCUCCGAGAACCUCCGAUACCCCGUCCUGUUUGUAGUUCGCCAGCAGAAGGGAGUGCUGUCAUGGCAGGUCCCACUGAUUUUUCGAGGCCUAUAUCAGAGGACCUACAAUUAUCAAGAAGUGAGUCGGACCCUUUGUCCCUCUGAGCCAACACCUGAAACAAGACCCUCUGACCAGAUUAUAUUUGUGGACAUUGCUUCCAUGGCACCAUUCAAUAUUGCAUAUGAGCUGCUAGUCACCAGGCUGGAGAACUUCCAACUUAAGACCAACAAAGCCUUUAACUUCACUGCCAGCCCUUCCCAACCACAGUAUUUUCUGUACAAAUUUCCUCAGGAUGUUGAGUCAGUCAUCAUUAAUGUGGUAUCUGAAGCAGCCUACCCAUGCUCUGUUGUCUCUGUCCAGGAUAUUGUGUGCCCAGUGUAUGACCUGGACCAUAAUGUGGAGUUCAAUGGAGUUUAUCAGUCUAUGACAAAGCAGGCAGCCAUAACAGUGCAGAGAAAAGAUUUCCCAGGUGAGCAGUUCUUUGUUGUGUUCGUCAUCAAGCCAGAGGAUUAUGCCUGUGGAGGUUCUGUGCCUUCUUCAAUUCAUGGGAAUGUCAACCGUACCUGGAACCUGCAGCGGACAAAGAACCUUCAAGUGACAAUUGUGCCCUCUAUUAAAAAGUCUGUUUAUGUCCAGGCCAUGUUCUUCAGCUUCCUGAGUUUCCUCUCCUUUUACCUGGGCUCAGUGGUUGUUGCUUUUGUGCACUACAUUAGGGUUCAGAGGAAAGCUUCAGCUGGGAGAUUGUGUCGUGAGCAUGGAUCUGGGAUGAUGACUUCUUCACACCCCAUCUCAGCCAGCGCUCCCGAGGGAAGCAGCUACGGUGCUAUUGAUGAGUCCAGCUCCUGCGGUGGACGUCAGCUGUCCUCGCCAGAGCACAGGUCCCCAGCUGGUUCGAACACAGACAGCUCUGUGGAGGAGGAGAGCGACUUUGACACAAUGCCAGAAAUUGAGAGUGAUAAGAACAUCAUCCGCACUAAGGUGUUCCUCUAUCUAUCAGACUUGUCCAGGAAAGACCGAAGGAUUGUCAGCAAAAAAUACAAAAUCUAUUUCUGGAACAUCAUCACCAUUGCGGUGUUCUAUGCCCUGCCAGUCAUCCAGCUCGUCAUCACUUACCAGACGGUAGUGAAUGUGACAGGCAAUCAGGACAUCUGCUACUACAACUUCCUCUGUGCUCAUCCCCUUGGGGUACUGAGUGCCUUCAACAACAUCCUCAGCAAUGUGGGCCACAUGAUGCUGGGCUUUCUCUUCCUCCUCAUUGUGUUGCGCAGGGACAUCCUCCACCGUCGGGCCAUGGCGAUGAAAGAUAUCUACACCCUGGACUAUGGGAUUCCAAAGCAUUUUGGUCUCUUUUAUGCUAUGGGCAUUGCUCUGAUGAUGGAGGGGGUGCUCAGUGCCUGUUACCACGUUUGCCCUAAUUACUCCAAUUUCCAGUUUGACACCUCCUUCAUGUACAUGAUCGCAGGACUCUGCAUGCUCAAGCUCUAUCAGACCCGGCACCCAGACAUCAAUGCCAGCGCCUGCUCUGCCUAUGCCUCAUUUGCUGUGGUGAUCUCCCUGGCUGUCCUUGGAGUGGUGUUUGGGAAAAAUGACAUGUGGUUCUGGGUUAUUUUCUCAAUGAUCCACGUUUUGGCCUCGCUAGCUCUCAGCACCCAGAUCUACUACAUGGGUCGCUUCAAGAUCGAUGGCCCUGACUCAGACAUGGGUAUAUUUCGGCGAGCAGUGAUGGUGCUGUACACGGACUGUAUCCAGCAGUGCAGCCGACCAAUGUACAUGGACAGGAUGGUGCUGCUCAUUGUUGGGAACCUAGUUAACUGGUCCUUUGCUGUCUUUGGUCUGGUGUAUCGGCCUAGAGACUUUGCCUCCUACAUACUGGGAAUCUUCAUUUGUAAUCUGCUGCUGUAUCUGGCCUUCUACAUCAUCAUGAAGCUCCGCAACUCUGAGAAGCUUCUGCCUAUCCCCAUGUUCUGCAUCGUGGCCACAGCAGUGGUAUGGGCAGCUGCCCUCUACUUCUUCUUCCAGACCCUCAGCAGCUGGGAGGAGACUCCAGCAGAGUCCCGGGAAAAGAACCGGCCAUGCAUCCUGCUGGGAUUCUUUGAUGACCAUGAUGUCUGGCACUUCCUCUCUGCAGCUGCCUUGUUCUUCUCCUUUCUGGUCCUGCUGACCCUGGAUGAUGACCUGGAUACCAUGCGCAGGGACAAGAUCCCAGUGUUCUGAGUCCCCAGGGACAGGAGCACAGAGGUGUCCCAAACCGCUCAGCCAAAAGCACUGGGCACUGGUGUCUGUGGAGAAUGAGCCUGUUUCCACGGCCAACAGCCCAGUGGGAGUAGGGAAACGAGAUUCUACAGCAAGCAUGAACGGGGUGCUGUGGCAGCUGAGGUGGGACCAGGAGGGAAGACAGUGUUACUCCUUUCCCGUGGCAUCUUCUGGGGCAGGCUUGAUCCAGAGGCCAAGGCCAGUGCACAGCCCUCUGGCUUGUGGGUGCAGUGGGUGCUGGAAACAGUGAGGGGGGAGGAAACACACGAGGGAGGUGUGUUAGAAACCUUUGCUUCCUUCCAUCCUGCUGAUGUGCUCCACUUCCUCUUCUGGCAAGCAGGCUUGAGAAGUGCCAUGCAAAUCUUCCUGCACAGGGAGCUAAUGCCUACACCCUGCUGCCCUUGGAGAGUCCCUUCAGCAGCACAGGAUGAGCAUUUGGUUCCUGUACUGGAGCAGACGAGGGAGCAAAUUACUCCAAACUGAGGUGACAGUGGGGACACUGUGCUUUCUUUUUUCCUCUUUUGUUGGAAAGAUUCCUUCGGUAGCUGGUGGGGAGCCAUGGUACCAAGACUGCAGCGUUGGUGGGAGGUGGUGAACUGGAGCUACCUGUGAGGGCUCUGCCAGACUCAGAACCUCCUGCAUUGCUGUCUUGCAGCCUCUCAGAUGCUCCUGUUGAGCAGCCACACUCCUCUGGCAGCUCCAGUGCUGGCACUUGGCAGUGCACUGGUUUCUGUCAUGGUACCACAUGUGCUCUCCUCAAGCAACCCUGAGAGAGGCUGCACAGCACAGCCACAGCCUUGUGUGGCAGCUCUUGGCUCCUGCUGUGUGCCAAAGGGACUGGGUGGAACAGGGAGGUUUUCCAGCAGCCUCAGACUUUCUCCUCUCAUGAGCUUGCCUUGGACAACUUGGCAAACCAGGUUCCCUUAUGGGCUGGGAGGGUGAAGGAGAUUUUGAGGCAGUUGGUGUUGAGCUCUUUAGCUAAUGAUGUAGACCAAAUUUUCUUCUCCAACUUGUCUGAAUCUGAAAUGAGUUUUUUAAUGGCUUCUGCAUUCUUUCCAGUUUAUUAGUUACUUAAAAAAACAAGAAUAAGGUGUGAAUUAUUUCAGGCCUUGCAUCUAAAAUGGGACCUGUUCUGCUAAUUUGCAAUUAAAAAGCAUUCUUUGAGGCCUGCUGUCCUUAUUGUUGUCUGCCUGAGCACUUUUACUUUGCCAUGUGCAUGUAGCCAGUAAUGCAAAGGUUUCAUUCCACUUCUGCUUACUAGAUUGCUCUGAAGUUUUACUCCAAGAGUCUGUAUCUCAUUGAAGAGUUUUGCACCAGCUGGUUUUUAUUUUUUUUUAAGUUGGAGCUUGCUGAGAUGGUUAAUAAAAUGGAUGUUCCUGGUUC